AAACAAGAUGGAGAAGAGGUUUACUUCUCAUGUGAAAGGCACAUGCACUAUAAAGACUAAAAGACGCAAUCUUUCAAAGGGAGAGUCACAAACAGUGUGAACUCUCUCACUCCCUAUUAUCUCCCUUCACCCUAGAAAGAGAAGGGCCUCUAUAGUACAGAAGAGGCAAUGGAAGUACAGAAGAAUCACAACCAUAUUUUUGGUCCCAAACAACACAUUCCCAGAUUUCUUCUUCUCCUCCUCUGCAUUUUCACAAUACCUAACAUCACUAGAGCUUUUGAUUACAGUGAUGCAUUGACAAAAAGUCUUCUCUACUUCGAGUCUCAACGUUCCGGUCGGCUGCCAUACAACCAGCGGGUCACUUGGCGUGACCAUUCUGGCCUCACUGAUGGCUUGGAACAAGGAGUGGACUUGGUGGGAGGAUACUAUGAUGCAGGGGAUCAUGUGAAGUUCGGGCUGCCUAUGGCCUUCACGGUCACAAUGCUUUCAUGGGGAGUCAUAGAAUUCCGCGAUCAGAUCGCAGAAGCAGGACAACUAGACCAUGCUUUAGAGGCUAUUAAAUGGGGUACGGAUUACUUCAUUAAAGCACACACAAGCCCGAAUGUGUUGUGGGCAGAGGUGGGUGAUGGCGAUACCGACCAUUACUGCUGGCAACGGCCGGAGGACAUGACCACGUCACGGCAGGCAUACAAGAUUGAUGAGAACAAUCCCGGGUCGGAUCUCGCCGGAGAAACUGCGGCAGCCAUGGCUGCAGCUUCAAUUGUGUUCAAGAAAACAAACCCACAUUACUCUCAUCUACUCCUACACCACGCCCAACAGCUGUUCGAGUUUGGGGACAAAUACAGAGGAAAGUAUGACGCGAGUGUGGGAGUGGUGAAGACAUACUAUGCGUCGGUGAGUGGUUAUAUGGAUGAGUUGUUAUGGGCAGCUAUGUGGCUACACAAAGCCACCGACAGAGAAGAGUAUUUGAACCACUUAAUUAACAGAGCUAAUUCUUUUGGUGGUACUGGAUGGGCCAUAUCAGAGUUUAGCUGGGAUGUUAAGUACGCAGGGAUUCAAAUUAUGGCUUCACAGCUGCUGAUGGAAGAAAAGCACAAGGAGCACACUUACAUACUUGAACAGUACCGUUCGAAAGCCGAGUACUACGUAUGCUCAUGUAUUAACAGAAACAUCAAUGGCAGCAAUGUCGAUCGCACACCGGGAGGUUUAUUAUACGUUCGACAAUGGAACAACAUGCAGUAUGUCUCAACAGCAGCCUUCCUUCUCACUAUAUAUUCCGAUAUCCUCCGAACCUCGAAUCAAAAGCUCAACUGCCAUGGAGAGAUAGCAGUAGACCAUGAAGAGAUCCUCAAUUUUGCAAAAUCACAAGUUGAUUACAUAUUAGGCUCUAACCCAAUGAACAUGAGCUACUUGGUGGGUUAUGGACCUAAAUAUCCAACAAGGGUGCACCACAGAGGAGCCUCAAUUGUGUCAUAUAGAGAGGAGAAGGGGUUCAUUGGGUGCACACAAGGGUAUGAUAUUUGGUAUGGCAGGGAAGAACCUAACCCAAAUGACUUAGUUGGGGCAUUGGUUGGAGGACCAGAUUUUGAAGACAAGUUCAUGGACCAAAGAGACAAUUAUAUGCAGACUGAGGCCUGCACGUACAAUACAGCACCAUUGGUUGGAAUUUUUGCUAAGUUUUUCCAACUUGAGAAGGAAAAAGCUGGUCAGAAUCUGCCUUUAGUUGCUUCUUAUUAGAUAUAUAGUAUCAAUUGAUACGAAUCCAUUUUAUUUUAUUUUAUUUUUUCUGAAAAAUUUCCAGGCUGAAGUAAAUUGUUCAAGCCGCAUCUGCACCUUAAUUUGUUGUUUUCAUUCUAUCACAGUGGUUGCCAUACUAAAGUGUAGAGAGCUCAAAAUGGAUGUUUAUUCAGUUUUUCACUUUCCAUGUGAAAUGAAAAAAGCUAUACUUUGUGUUA